AUGGCCGCUGACGCAACGGCGAGCUGCGAGACGGACGCGGUCACUGGCCAAAUGACUUUUGUCGGCCGCCGCGCUCACGCUACUCUCUUCCGCACACUUCUGUCGUGCCUCCCCGAGCAAACACUUCCUCCUUCCGCCUCAGUCGAGGCCGUCUUUGGCUUGACCAAUCGUACAAUCUCGCAGCCUUUUGUGUCGCUCUGGAACACCACCGCCCGCGUCACCGUCGGAGACAUUCUUCGCUCCUUGCCCUCAGCUGAGACUUGUCUGCGGUAUUACCGCUCCUACCAGCAAAUCUGUCAUCCGUUUUUCCCUGUAAUUCAUGACAUCGGAGCCUUCGAGCGCAACCUUUGCGUGGUGCUCGAGCGGCUCGAUGCAGAAGCCGAUGAUCCGUCAUCAUCUGCAACACAGCUGGCCGCUCACUUGCCACGUGCUGAGCUGGUAGGGUAUGCCUUACUAUUUGCAGUCCUCGCGUCAGGGUGCCAGAGCUGUCUUGUUGCCGAAGGCGAUCACCAGCUCGCUCUGUACUCCCGCGUGUUCGUGGCCUGCUCGUUCGAAUGUUUAAGCCUCGCCAACCAGUACGUCAAUCCCUCUUCCGAGACGAUCCAGGCCAUCUUGAUUCUCGCGAGUGUUAAUUGCAACGAUGGCAAUCCCGGCGUCGCCAUGAGCAUGCUCGGCAUGGCCGCCCAGCAAGCACAGGGUUUGGGCAUGCACACAAGGUGCGAGUGCACCUGCAGCUCACCCACCUGCGAGUGUCUCGAAAUGGUGCAGCCUCUUUGGAGAGCCAUUCUGAUACUGGACAGUAAAUUGUCAGUGACGUAUGAUCGAGUUCCGACAACUUCCCUUUGUGACAGCCACAACCGCCUACAUUCCCUUGUCUGCGCCUCACGCCUGGAGUUCUGGGAUUGCUUGUUCAACUUGCACUGCCUACAAAUCCAAUGGCAAUCGCUUGGAGGUGAUGACACUCGGGCAUCGAUUCAAGGAGAUGUUAUGGAGUCGUACUUGGAGCAUACCGCUCAACUGGGGCAAAUUGCCCGCAGCGUCAAAUCAUCGUUGUGUCGUCCCAAUUCUGUGCAGGCGACACUCGAGCAACUUGUCUUCACCGUGCACCUUGAUUUCUUUGAAGGUACACUACAUCUUCAAGCUGCUGUAGCAAUGAUGCGUUUGCCCGAGAAGCGACUGCGCCACUUUCAUGACAUGAUUUCGAAGUUUUGUUCGGUGAUCAGCGCCUAUCUCAAGCUUCGGCGGCUUUCACCCAUCGCAAAAUUAGCGUGGGAGAUCUCUCGCGCUUUCAAGUCGUCCGCAAUACUGCUUGCGGCAUUUGAGGUCAUUCUACGUGUCAAUUUGUCCGGGCGCUUACUCCAUCAAUUGACAGAAUUGCUGUCUGCUAGCUCGAGUCUUCGUAAAUGGAGAGAUGACCCGGUACCAUCGUCUUGCCACGCGGGCGUUGAGACUCUGUGUCGCUUACUCCGAUUGCAAUCCUGUGUGCCUGUCGCAGUGGCUGAAGGAGCGAAAUGA